CGGCAGACGAGCCGGACGCGCCGGCGAGCGGGUUGCGAUGAGGCCGAGGCUGCUCAUGGCGGCGCCGUCGGAGGCGGCCGCGGGAAGGUAGCCGGGCGGGCAGCCGGCCAGCCAGCGAGGGGGCGAGCGGCGAGGAGAGGGGCCGGCGGCGGCCAUGGAGGAGAAGGCGGCCAAGGAGGAGGGCGAGGCUGAGAUCCAGGAGCUGCACGGGCCCGAGCACUGGUUCAGCAAGUGGGAGCGGCAGUGCCUGGCCGAGGCCGAGCAGGACGACGGCGCCCUCCCGCCCGAGCUGCAGGACGACGACGAGGCCGCCGCCGCCGCCUCGCCGCCCCAGCCCGAGCACAAGCAGCAGAAGCUCUGGCACCUCUUCCAGAACUCCGCCACCGCCGUGGCCCAGCUCUACAAGGACCGAGUCUGCCAGCAGCCGGGCCUGUCGCUCUGGGUGCCCUUCCAGAACGCCGCCACCGCCGUCACCAACCUCUACAAAGAAAGUGUGGAUGCCCAUCAGCGGAGUUUUGAUGUAGGGAUCCAUAUUGGCUACCAGCGUCGCAAUAAGGACGUGUUGGCUUGGGUUAAAAAACGCAGAAGAACUAUUCACCGAGAAGACUUAAUCAGCUUCCUGUGUGGGAAAGCUCCCCCACCACGAAAUUCUAGAGCUCCCCCAAGACUGACUGUAGUAUCCCCUAACCGAGCAACGUCGGCGGAAACAAGCUCUUCUGUAGAGGCAGACUUGCAGCCCUUCCGAGAAGCUAUUGCUCUCCAUGGUCUUAGCGGGGCAAUGGCUAGUAUAAGCGUUCGCUCGAGCACCCCGGGCUCACCCACCCAUGUGAGCAGCGGCUCCAACAAUAGUCGGAGGAGAAACGGACUCCAUGAUGUUGACUUGAACACUUUCAUAUCCGAAGAAAUGGCGCUCCACUUGGACAAUGGUGGAACUAGAAAGCGUACCUCAGCCCAGUGCGGAGAUGGCAUUACGGACUCCCCGACCCAUAAACGCAAUCGUAUGAUCUAAACAGCAGAGCCCUUGGCCCUCUCCCUCUCCCACCCCCCGCCAUGCUGCUUGAAAGCCACUCGAUCCUCAGCAUCUCGCUGGGACAGACAAACACAAGCUCCCUCCUCCGGAGUCACACAAGUUUUCACUAAUUGCCAUAAAAAGGAAAGCUUAUGUACCAACAGAGUCUUCUCGUAACUACUGCUUUCUUCAAAUUUAGAUUCUUUAGCAGAGGACUUCCAGUGCUGUGUAGUGGCUAGCAAGCUCGUCACAGGCAGAACGUGCAUCCGUUCCAAGGCUAAAAGUGACCUUACUUGUACUUUUAAAGGGAAAAAGGAAAUAUCAGACGUUUAUUUGGUUACAGAGAUGCUUUUUUGUCCUUUUUUUCUUUCCGUGUUUCAACAUUUGCUUAAACAGUAUUGCCAUUUUGACAACAGUGUCAAAAAACAAAUAACAUGAUGUGGCAUGUAAGACCUGCAGGCUUCCUUUUUGCGUAUGUUUUUUCCUUUUUAAAACUAUUGGGCACAUAAUUUCCUAUAGUAAGUGUGCAAGUUUCAAAAGCGUUUGGCUGUGUGGAAAAGAGGUACGAUGUUGGUUUAUGUAACAGUCCCAAAUCAGAACAGAAAGGAACUUUUUUGGGUUUGCUUUGGCCACGGUAGAACUCAGCUGCCCCAAUUGCUUCCUCCCCAGAAGCCACCUUAAAUUGGGCUUUGCAAGUCGGUUUGCCUGUCUAACUGAAGCGUUCCCUUUGUAAAGCAAGCAGCAGGCCCUGCGUUCAUUGGCAGUGAGCAAGCGGUGUUCUGUGGAGAACCGGUGGUUUUAGUAUUUCAGGUAUGUAUGUUGUUUAAAGGAGUCUUUCAUGGUACACUUCCUGUAAAGAAAUUAUCUGCGCAGAAUAUGGGAGGGAAAUACGAGUGGAGGGAAAGAGGUGGGAGCAGUUUUUUAAAAAGGAUGUUGGAUGUGUUUGUGCUCUAUGAUGGUUGUGAUUACUGGGCUGCUUAAGGAAACUGCCUGAAUUGCCGAACCGCCUCUGGUGCCGACUUUCCCUUGGCUGGAGCGAGCCACAGGUCCUUGGAAGUGCCACCCAAGAAAUGUCCCUGAGAAAUCUCAUCAGGUGCCGGAGAGGUAAACCACUUUGCAGUGGAAGUCUUGGGUUUAAGAUGGAAAGUGAUGAAAUGUUGAAGGUCUGCUGGCAAGGGCACUGAGUGCUAUAAACUCUCAAAACAGAUUUCUGAAUGUAUCGGACACGACUAAUGUCAAAUACCCGGGGCACUAACAGUCUCAGUAAACCAGGAAGUGAGGGCUUGCACUUCUCUGCCUGCUGUGAAUGAAGCAAGCUGCAGUGGCCAGUGGAGAAGGGCUUGGCCCCGCCCGGGCCCUGGGAUUUGUGUUCAGUCUCUCUGCUGUUGGCUUGAUCUAUGCCGUAUCUCUAGAUGCUGGUUGACCUGGCUUCUGGGCAGACACACAGCGGGGUUUUUUGCCAUUUUGUUUGCCAUGGGCAGGCGAGGCCUGUCAAGAUGGAAAGUCUUUGAAACUCUGAAGUUGCAGAAAAAGAGGGUCAGAUAGUCAGAAAGCUGUUCUGAGGUGCUGAGUGGCAAGCCUCGAGAUGUCCUGGCGCUGGCAGCCUCCCCCUUGGACGUGUCUGGGUCAAAAAGCCAGAGACCUGCCGGCUUCUAGGAUCAGGAACAUGCAAUCUUGUUUUUUGUUCUGUAGAGCUUUUAAAUAUUUGCAAAGUGGUUUCAGGAAUUUCUAAAACAGCUCUUAUGGUGCUGUGGCUACAGGUUAGCAGUUCGUGAAACCAUGUUAGUACGUUUUUAAGCCCAGUCUUGACAUCUGGUCAGGUGUGAUCUUAGGGGCUAACUCUAAAGAUUGCCAGCUGUUGGACUUCUAACAGGGCUGGUAUGUGAGAAGUAGUUUCCUUUGCGUACAGCCUAGAACUAUUGUCUGCCUUUUGAGAGUUUGCACUUGGCACUGGUGUGCCCUGCAGGGUCUCAAAAUCAUAGCAACAAAUAUAACUAUAUUUAAAAAACAAAAACCUCCAGUCAUACUUUGGAACUUGCAUAGGAGGAUUCUUGACUCAGAAAUGCCGCCGUGGACAGAGUGGGCUCUCUGGCCAGCACCGACUGGCCUGGAAUGGCGGAAAGGCCUGCCGCUUCCAUGGCCCCCUCCCCCCUUCCCAAACCGAAUUAGUUCAUAGGUGUGUACAGAAUUAGUUGGGUAUGUUUUUAUGCAGCUCCACUAAGCGCUGGCUGGGAUAAAUCCUCCCUGGGUGUAUGCUUACUGCUCCAAUGUUAAUGGCAUGAGUCCCAACUCGUGAUGCUAGAUGGAGAGGGUUGAGUUUUUUGUCUAUGGCUUAAUAAACUCCAAAAGGAAAAGAAAAAACAGCACUUGAUGCGGAGUUCCUCCCCCACAAGUAGAAUGUACUAAAAUUCCUUACUAACGCUUCGAAGCUUUGCUUUUGGUCUAGCUUCUUUGAACAAAAUAUGUUCAGUGUUUUUUUUAUUCUUAUUCAGGUGCCAUUUUUCUUCUGGUCAAGAGAAAAGCAGGCUUUGAUACUCUGGCUGCACUAAUGGAGUGGGUGUGUGUGUGUUAAGUCUUGGAUAAAUUUUAUUUUGACGGCUUUUUUGGUCAGCCCCUGAAAAAACAACUGCAUAGUGGCCUCAUCCAGCAAACAAAUGGGUAGCAGGCGAGUUCCUUUAAUGUUUCAUGGUAGCGUAUUUCCAUGUCACCCACUGGCUGUGACUUCUGGAAUGCUGCUGUUAAAACGUGUUCUGAGCUGGGGGGGAAUGGGGGGGUGGGUGUCUGUUUUUGUUUUCAUUUGAGUUGGGUGAAUGCCUUCUGGUGACCUUCCUUUUCUCUCUUUCCCCGUGUAAACCAAACUUAACAUGAAUGUGGGGAAGAUAUUACAUAGAAUAUAUCCUGCAUUGAAGCUGAGCUUGGCUUGCAUAUUAUUAAAAUUCAAUUUGAAUAUUAAAACACUUGAGCUAUAGUGAGGUAAUGCAAAGCUGAUUUUUCCCCCCUUUGUCUGAAAUUGAACUCCUGCGAUCCUCAAAUGUGACUUACCUGCUGGAGAAAUAGAUACCUUUUUAAAACCCUAAUAAAAAUUUUAAAAAAUCA